CAACAACCAAACACAAUUUCCAGAGCGCCUUCUCCAAUGCGAAGACUCUCUUCACGCACUCUGAAAAUCAGAUAGUGUCAUUGAUUAAAUCAAAGCCGUGGAUUUGGUGAGGCCCCAGAGAGUGUGCCAUGUCCCACCACGCAUACGAUCCGUACUACCACCACGCCCAGGGGGACCGGUCGGGGAUCAACACACUGUUCGUCUCCGGCCUUCCCGACGACGUCAAGCCCCGUGAGAUUCACAAUCUCUUCCGCCGCCGUCCAGGCUUCGACUCUUGCCAGCUCAAGUACACUGGCCGUGGCAAUCAGGUUGUUGCAUUUGCUACCUUUUUCAAUCAUCAAACCGCAGUUGCAGCACUUCAUGCAUUAAAUGGCGUAAAAUUUGACCCUCAAACUGGAUCCAUUCUGCACAUUGAAUUGGCCAGAUCAAACUCAAGAAGAAAACGUGUACCAGGUAGUGGUGCUUAUGUUGUUAUUGAUAAAAGAAGUAAAACAUCAACCAAUGCCCACGAAACAUCAAGUGAUGACGGAGAUAGUGAAUCUGAUGAACCAGCCAAGACAAGCAAUCCUGACUCUGGAAACAAUGAUGAUUUAGUGACUGCAAAGAGUGGUGAGAUGGCAGUUGAUCCUGACAGUACUCUAACGGCUGUAAAUGAGCAGCCAGAAAAGACAACUGAUGCGGGUCUCCCACCAUGUUCCACUUUAUUCAUUGCAAAUCUGGGUCCAACUUGCACUGAAGAUGAACUGAAGCAAGUUCUAUCUCAAUACCCAGGAUUUAAUGUGCUCAAGAUGCGAGCUAAAGGUGGAAUGCCUGUUGCAUUUGCUGAUUUUGAGGAAAUUGAGCAAGCUAAUAAGGCAAUGGAUGCACUUCAAGGCAGCAUGCUGGCAUCCUCAGACAGGGGUGGCAUGCACUUAGAAUAUGCAAGGUCUAAAAUGAGGAAGCCCUAGAAGAAAGAGGAGCAAAGCAAAAAUUUUCCAAUGGUUUCGGAACCUUAUCUGUACCAUACUGCAGAAUCCUGUUUUCUAAACCUGGCAGUGUAAUUGUGCCAGUGUAGGAACCAUAUGAGAGGGUUCAUAGCUGUUAUUGGCUUGUCUUCCUUUGGAUUCUUUUUCCAGGAAUCAAUGUGAAAAACAGUUCCUAAGCCUGUUAAGAUCGCCCUAAUCUUUUAAUACCAGUUCCAUAACUUGCAACUGUUGAAUUAAAGAUUUUCUUCACCUCA